GCACGAUGGCAAUGUUGAGCAGUGUAGGGUUGAUGAUCAUGUGACUGACAGACAGUUUUGGGAGAGAACGGCACUGACUGAACACAGAAACAUCAGGCGAGACUAAAGGAGUUUCCACAGCGCGAGAGAUAGAGCCUACAAGUUAUCAUUGCCUCUGCUUUAAACCCGUUUUUCAAGAGCUCUGAAACACAGCGACGGUCGGUGAAAAAGUCCUGGGAGGAGAAGAAGCUGUUUUCAACAGCCAGGAUAGAGGUUUGGUGUGGUGUCUAUAAAACACACUCUGUUGAAGAGGAGAGGCGAACAAAUCUCAGCGGGCAUGCGGGAGUUUUUGGAGUUAUUUGACUGCAAACAUUCUACGAACAAAUAAGAACUUUCGCGCAGAUUCGUUUUAAUUGCGUCAUCAUUUUUUUAACGGAUGAUUGAGGGCGAUACAAAGUUGGAACUUUGUGUUUGAAAAGUAGUCGCAACAUCGGGUCAAAAGUUUGGAAUAAAACGGAAAACAAAUCAAACCCCUCCGUUUGCGUUUUUGUCGGGGGCUGUCGUGUUUUUCCAAAGCUUAGCGCAUUUUUUAUAGCUUUUUUUGGGGGGCCAAUAUUUUAAACAUGGUUGGGGAAAUGGAAACGAAGGAGAAGCCUAAGCCGACUCCUGAUUAUCUGAUGCAGCUCAUGAAUGACAAGAAACUGAUGAGCAGCCUGCCAAACUUCUGUGGUAUUUUCAACCAUCUCGAGCGACUGUUAGAUGAAGAAAUUGGACGGGUACGGAAGGACAUGUACAAUGACACAAUGAACGGCACAGAUAAAAGGACUUCCGAGCUCCCAGAUGCUGUGGGGCCCAUUGCACAACUCCAAGAGAAACUUUAUGUGCCUGUAAAAGAAUUCCCAGACUUUAAUUUUGUGGGAAGAAUCCUGGGGCCCCGGGGCCUGACGGCCAAACAAUUGGAGGCAGAGACGGGCUGUAAGAUUAUGGUGCGAGGCAAAGGCUCCAUGAGAGACAAGAAGAAGGAAGAGCAAAACAGAGGAAAGCCCAACUGGGAACACCUGAACGAAGACCUGCAUGUCCUCAUCACUGUGGAAGACUCUCAGAACCGUGCUGAGAUCAAACUCAAGAGAGCGGUCGAGGAGGUCAAGAAGCUUCUAGUCCCUGCGGCUGAAGGUGAAGACAGCUUGAAAAAAAUGCAGCUGAUGGAGCUGGCCAUUCUCAACGGCACAUACAGAGACGCCAAUAUCAAGUCGCCAGCCUUAGCCUUCUCCCUGGCCGCCUCAGCACAAGCUCCCCGCAUUAUCACCGGCCCCUCCCCGGGGAUGCCCACUGGGGCUCUGCGUAACCCUGCACCCAACGCACCCACCCUCAUGCCCCUCAUCCGACAGAUCCAGACCUCUGCCCUCAUGCCCACGGGCACGCCGCACCACCUCUUACCCCAGACCCCCGAGUCAGGCAUCAUCUAUGCACCCUACGAUUACCCCUACACCCUAGCCCCAGCCUCCAUUCUUGAAUAUCCUAUUGACUCCAGUGGUGUUUUAGGUGCAGUGACUACUAAAGUACGAAGGCAGGAUAUGCGCGUCCAUCCUUACCAAAGGGUAGUGACCGCAGAACGAGCCGCCACCGGCAACUAACCAAUGACCCUCUGAACUCUUCACCCAAUGAUGACCUGACCAUUGCCUGCCUGCUGACCAGUUCUCUGGCUCUCGUCCUUCGCUUCUAUGUUUUGGCAGCCUGCUGGUGAGCCCAGAAGCAGCUUUAAUUCGCUUAACACAGCCGAGAAGCCGUGAUGGCCCCCACGGCACCACCCGCAGAACCGAAUCACUUCCCUUCUCAAACUGAGGACCUCCUUGGUCAGGUGACCUGGGCUUCCCAGCCUGCACUGAAGUGGCAUAAAGCAAUAACACUGUCUGGGCGACACCUAAAAUCCUAAUGUUAGCCUUUCACACGCACACACUAAAUAAACACACAUCUUUAUUUGUUUCUAAAAAAUGAAUCAUUGAGCAUAUUGUUUAACACUCUAAGUAUGUGAACUGCAGUUCUCAUACCAUCCUGAAGAGUUAAACCCUGCAGUUUACUUUAAAACUGUCUUAGAGGUCCAAAUGUCCGUAAGGGAUGUAAAAGCCAUGCUUGCCUACCAGCGUUUUCUUCAGAGAGCUGUCGAAAAGCAUUCAGUCAGAUGAGCAAGUGUACAAACACAACAUCAAUUAAUAUCUUUUUGAUACGAGGGUGCUGCACAGGAAAUGAUUAUAUAUAUUUUUCACAGGUAAUCCUUUUUUAUAUUAAAAAAAAAAAACAGUAUUGUCAAAAUGUGAUGAACAAACAAUGCUUAUUUCCUUAUGACAUAUUUAGAGACCAAAACGGUGUCUUUUUUAAAUAAAAACAAACAAACAAGUGCCUUAUUUUACACUAUCAUCAAUUAUCAACAAGUAUGAAUGUCCAUCAAUGUGUUGUAUGCCAACAUAUCAGGUAUUUCUGUUCAAUUCCUCUUUAUCGGUGAUCAUGAAAACAAGAGGUGUACUGAACAAUGUUGCAGGCGUUACACUCAAAAGCUAGUGUUAUAUGUGCGUUUAAUAUCUUUACGAAUAAUGAUUAAUAGAGUUUUACCCUGUCACACUACAUUUGGUACUUCUUGAGAUCUUUACGCUCACAAUCUGAUUGUUUGUGAAAAUAUACGUGUAUGUUUAUAGAGCAUCACUACAUCUGUUAUACAGCAAUGAAGCACAUCGAUAUGAAACUAUAAACUAUUACUUUUCACUCAGCUUAUAUCUCAAGGAGCAGUUUUUAAUUCAGCAGGUUGAAAUUGAUAAUGGUUUGGGGUUAAUUAGUCAUUUUAUUCGUUUGAAGAAUUUAAGUGUUCGAGAAGUUGUGUGCAGACAUGUCACAUUUCCUUCCUAUGCAAAUGAUUUUCAGUUUUAUUAAAACGGCCGAAUAAAUGUCCUUCAGUUGGUCUUCCAGUACCAUUUCAGAAACUAAAAGCCUAUUAACAAAUUAUGAUUACAUUUAGUUUUUUUGGUUAUCAUAACUGGAUUUUGAGAAGAUGCAUCUCCUUUUUAAAAAAAAAAAUAAUAUUGGUUUUAUUUAUGCAGAGCAAAUGCAAUACUUUUUAGAUGUUUGCGUUUGUAAUCAUGUUGCAUGUCAUUUUUUUAUAUUACUAUUAAUCUGGAUAUUGGUAAAGGAAAAAUCCUGCAAAUAUAUUUAAUGGAUGGAAUUUGUUUUUACGACCAGGAACUGGAGUUUUUUGUGUGUUUUUUGGUUUAGUGUUUGCCUUCCAUGCAGUAUUACUAUAGACCAUGUUGACAUGUGUGAGCAUGUUUACUGAUGUUUGUGUGAGUGAGUGUUUGUGUAUUGUAUAUGCCAAUGAACUGCAACUCGCCAUUCAAGCUUAUUAUUAUUGUCUUUUCUUUUUUUUUUUGGUUGCAAACCCAAGCAGCUCCCUGCAUUGGAAAAUAUACAGUCCUAUUUAUAACCAUUGUAACAUUUUAUAAUGUAUUUUUCUAUCAUAUUUUGUAUGUGAGAAAUAACAUUAAAUCACAUUUCCAGAUA